CCCGAGUGCUUCCUCUGGAGACCUUUUUUUAACUUCUUUGGUUAUGCUUUCCGACUGAUGUUUAUAUGUAGGGUGUUACGGAAGAUCGCCGUUGGAAAUGCAGUAGCUUUCUUUAAAUAGUUUCGAAGAGUGCUUGCUACCAAUUGUACACCAGAUAUUUAUCUCCGAACGGUUUUUAAACACCAAAUGCACCUUAACGUUAAAAUACGAUGUCUUUUAAAAUGCACGCGUUAACUUAAUUGUACAGCACAUAAUGUCGCUUACCCGUUGUGUACGGUCCCUCGGUGCUGCGGAGGUGUCAGGCAUGUCUGCGGGGCUCUAAAGAGGGGUCCUGCGCCAGCAGCCGGAGCAGUGGGCACUUCCUCGUGAGUGUAAAUAUGGCAGCGAAGGCGGUGUGGGGUUGAUCUUUCUUUCCAUUAAAAAAUGGGACAGCCGAAAAGGUAGCAUAGAUUCCGGCAUUGCUACAAACGUUCCGUGGUCUAGACAUGAAACGGGUCUAGCGUAUUUUAUUUCUCGGAUAAAGAGUGCAGAUCCGCGCAGCGUGGCGUGCGUGCGGCCAGCUGGUGACUUUUGGAAAGGCUGCACCUGGUUGAAUACGUAGCGUUAGUGGUCUGCCUGGUUUCAGUUUCACUAUGGCUAUCGCCCAGUUUCGCUUGUUUAGGAUUUGUACAUGCUUAGCAACGGUGCUGUCUUUCUUUAAAAGAUUAAUAUGCAGGUCUGGAAGGUUACGGAAACUGAGUGGGGACCAGAUCACUUUACCAACAACGGUGGAUUUUUCCACAGUGCCCAAACAGCCUGAGAUUGAAGAAUGGAGUUCCUGGGAUGAGGAAGCCCCUACGAGUAUUAAGAUUGAAGGGGGAAACGGUAGUGUUGUGCCCCAGCAAAAUGAUACCGAGGCAGAGGAGCCCGAUUAUUUCAAAGACAUGGCACCCACCAUCAGGAAAACACAAAAGAUUGUCCUGAAAAAGAGGGAUCCAAUGAAUUUCGCCGUCUCUGACAGCAAUGCGGGAUUCUCCAGCAGGCUAGCAGUCACCCAGGACAUGUCUUUUAAUCAGCCUUCUGCCGAGCUUGGAGAUUUACACACGUGGCAGGAAGAUUCCAAUGCCUGGGAAGACGAGGCCGAUGCCGCCUGGGACGCUGAGGAAGUAUUAAGGCAGCAGAAAAUGGCAGAAAGGGAGAAAAGGGCUUUGGAACAACAGCGGAAGAAACUGGAAAAGGAAGCCCAAAGACUAUCAAAAAAGGAACAGAAAAUUGCCGUCAAGCUUUCAUAACAUUAAAUGAUUCCUGGACAUGCUGUAAGCCAGAAACAUGCCGGAUUACAUUAAAUUGCCAUCCUUUUGCAUAAUAGGUUUUGAUAAGGUAGUAACAGUUCAUAACCCACUGUGUCCCCUACAAUUCCACCAGCAGCCUUUAUCUGUCAUUCUGGUGUCUGUGGCUUGAUUUUAAAACAAUACACUGUAAUUAGAAAACCAGAACGUUUUUCUGCUGCAGCCAUUUUUCAGGAAUUAUUGUAAAUAUAAAAAUGGACACCCGAAGAACAUGUUUGCUUUGUCUUAUUUAUAAAGUUUCAGGCUGGGGCUGUGAAAAAUGUUCAUUUCAAUCUUGUGGACUUUUUGGUUAUUUCUUUAUCACCUUGUUCAAUUCCAGUGCUUUAAAGGUAAAACUUAAUUUAAAAAAAAAACACAUUGAGGCUGAUUAGCAGUAGUCUUAGACUUGCUUUUCUAAAUUAACAUUCAGUAGGAUUCCGGAUUCUUGCGAUACAAGGCCUGUAAAACUACUGGUUAUAAUUUAAAAGUUGUACAGCAUUGUAUAAACCACCCAAAGAACGUAGUAUAUACUAUGAAUAUAGAAUGCAGUGCGUACAGUAUGUUUAUUUUAAUGACAAUUGAAAUAUGCAAACAACAUUCUUAAAAUGAUAAAACAGUAUAGAAGUGUUUGAAGAAAUGAGUGUAAAUAAACUAAAAAAUUGUAUGUAUUAUAUAUCAAGGAAAUGAUAUUCUGUGAAAUGCUUGCUAUUAUCUUCACUAUUAAAUUAAUUCACACUCUAGUUAGUGGACAGAAAAAUGGAACUUAAAUAGUGCUGUCAUUAAAUAGGGCAUCAGGCUAACAGGUGCAACAUGGCCUAUACUGUAUGUGUCAUGGGAUAGAGUCUACCAUCGUCUAGGACUCAGGAUAGAUGAAGUAUUAUUCUCUUACAAGAGAGUCAAUCAGUUCACCCCUAGUGGAAAAUGCUGUCUCGGGCGUCGUUCCUGGAUAUGGUGGCUGAGAAGGACAUGACGUGGGUGAGAUCAGUGUUAGGCUCAUCAAACCACUGGGUGACCACAUGUUCUGUGUGGGUGGAGAAACUGUGACGAUGGAAGGCACCCCUCCCAACAGGCAAAGCAUUGACCUUGCACCCAUAUCAGGCCAGGCAAAGGCGGCUCACAAUAUUAUAAAACCCCCAGAACUCUUGAGUGUUGGAAGCAAGCACUCAGGGCUGUAGGUUGGAACCAGUUGUGCACUCUUCUGUUUGUCAAGAACGUGGUGAAAGAUGAUUCAUCUGACUGUCCCAUUUCUCCACUGCUCAGUAGUCCAUUGCUUGUGUUCUUGGUGCCAGUAGACUCACAAACGUGCAAGUUUGAUGUAUAAAUUUGCACACUGCAACUUGACUGUGGCUCCCUCCUCUUUGGAGUCCUCACUGGACCGUUUGUGGUUAAACUCUCUGCUCGCUCGCUCUCCCAGUUUCAUCGGCAGUUGCAAUUCAACUGAAUGCUUUGAUAUCACAAUCUUGGAGUCUGUGCUUCUGCCCACCUGUGGAAAAGCUUGAUUUUAUGCCUCCUUGGCAUUUCCAUGUUUUGUCCAUUAUCUGUAGUUCACCAUGUCAAACCUUGUGCUGCAUUGUAUAUAGUAAUUAUACCGUGUACCCUGAAGUGACAGUUACCUUCAUAGUUAUGUUUCGUGUUCAUGCCCAUGAACACCGACUCACAGUCUUGACUGUUUAACUGGUUUGGUUAAAGUGAUAUUAUUCCAAAGUAAUUUGAAUUAUACAUCUCCUGUUCUGAUGUGGUGCAAACUUGCUUUCAUAAUGUGGAAGGGUUUGCAUAGUGAUGACAAGGUAAUGUUGUAGAAAAACUACAAUGUGAUGGAAAAGUCUUGCAAAUUACACUUUAAGUGUCAUUGGGAACCCUGAAACUGAUUGAAGGGACUUGUAUGAUAAAAAAAUGAACCUUUUAAAGGUGUAAAAUAAAAUGUAAAAAACCUUAUCUUAGGUUUUCAUGCAGGGGAUUGUUUGAUGACAAAAACUAGCAAUCCUUGUUUGAAAGAGAUCGGGUUUUGGUUCCUCACACAUCUCAGAGCAGUUUUUUUUCUAGCUCAUUAAAGCAAUUAAAUACCAAUCUAUUUUUUUUUUUUACUUUCUGGAGCUCUGUCUUCAGUGGCAUACAAGUUUGCCAAGAUGCCCAUCUCUUGAAUAACAUUCAUUCAUCAGUACCAUGUGAUACCAGCCUGAAUCAAAACAUCUGUUGCACUCUGGUCUGUGUUGAAUGUUGAUAAGUGUUUGAAACCAAACUGACAUCUCUCAAAAGUAGUGUUUCUCGAUAUGUGGUGUACAUUCUUGCAUCUUUAGGUUUUUUUUUCAAAGCACAAAACUCUAAAGGCUACGUGGGUUAUGAACAGGAAUUGGAAAGCAGUAUUUAAGAAUGUGUUAGCAACCUUGGGGUUAUGAACCAGACCUAAGUGGAUCACUACUCAAUUUCUUUUUUUUUAAAUUAUUUGUAGUCACUUAUUUUCUGACUAGAUAUAAUCGCAAUCAUUUCAAAGACUGCCAAGUUUUUUUCCAAUAAUUUAAAUGUUCUCCGAAGGAUACGUAAAUGCUAGUCUUUUGUAAAGAAUGAAGGUAAAUUGGAGAAUAUUAGUAAAUGUCCACCUGCUAAUUUAAUUAUUAAAGAGCCCAAGCUCCAUGUUUAGACACAGUAGUGUCAAAUGUAAGGAGUCAGGAGAUUUCUGAAUUAGUCAGAAAAUUAAAACAGUCAAUUUAAGCUGUGCAAUAGCGUUUUUUUAAUUUGUAGAAGUGUGGAAACGUGAGAGACAGAAAAAAAUUGCUGUUACACUGAUAUCUUUUCUUGUAAUUUUUGCCUUUUUAAACAGAAUCAUCUCUUCAAAUACAGGGGGUGGCAAGUUGUUUUUAUGUGUUUUUUUUUUUAAUAAUGAUGUGUGAGAUGCAUGAUUAUUUGUAAACCUGUAUAGGAAGUUUAAUUCCUUCUCAAACAUUCUGGAGGGCAAUAAAGACCACUGUUGCAUCCAACAGUUAAUUUAACAAGAACAUGGGGCAGGGUGAGCCAAAUACUGAGCAGAUUUGAGUUAUUUGGGCAACUGUUUGAAGGGAAAAUAAAAUUGUAAGCUGGUGGUGGUAAUGAAAAGCGGAUGUGAAAUAUAAAUCCCUGCUUUCAUGUUUUCUUUAAAAAAACGUGAUGCUUGAGAUGCAUGAGAUUAUUAAACAAGUAUUCUAUAAUUUGGGAACUGCUAUCUUUGUGUUAUUUAAAUGUUUCUUUUUUUUUUCUUUAUAGGGAAAAUAAAUGUGUCUGAUUUAUAUACAUUUGACAGAUUUGGGUAAAACUUAUUGAAUAUUCAUUUCUGUCUUAUUAUUUAUUAUAAGACAUCUGGUUCUUUAUAAACAAGAAUAAAAUGAUUUGUUUUAGAUUUGGAGAGUGAUUUGCUAUCAACAUCAUGGCCAGUGCUUAAUUAUUUGAAAAGAUGUCUUGAUUUCACAGAAUAACACUGCAGUGGGAUUUCUUACAAUUAUUAAGCUGGUCACAGCUUUAAUUCAGAGUAAUUCAAUUUAGUCAAUGUUUUAAUUAGAAAAAUGUUUUUAUGGCCCAAAGUUUCACUGCAACCUACAGUACAGUUAAAAAAUGGUAGCUUUGUCAAAUUAAUUGUUGUCAUGGUAGCCUGUUCUGACUCAAAGACAAUGAACUAACAAAUUAAUUCAUCAGUGUUCAUCAAGUUAAAACAAAUCAUCUUCUGUUCUUCGAGUGAGCUUCUGUGUGUGUUUUUGUGCAUGUAUCAUAGCACUGCCCUCUUGAUGUGAGCUGAGACUCUUACAUUGCCAAGCCACUAAAUAUAAAUUUCAACCCAUCAUGUGGUCAGCAUCAAAGGAGACUUCUAAAGUGCCUACAAUCAAAUGGAGUCAGUUUGGUGUGUCUGGUCUGCUGAUGAAGACCUUUCAGCUCAAUAAUAUUAACAGGUCCUUAUGCUGAUUGGUUAGAUAGGAUAUAGUUUAGCCAUUAAAGGGUUUAUCUGAAAAAGAUACACACUUCCUUUGUUGACGGUCUUUUUUAAAAUCAAAAACUAGUAUAUAAAAAACAAAUAUUUUAUGAAAAGGGCUGUCUUGAGUGUGCUUCAGCAAGAUAUCAAAACGUUGCAUGGAGCAGAAAAAUAGUCCCUACAGAAUAAAAUCAUUGAAAGUUUUUCAUGGCUUCUUCUUCAUAUUCUGUAGAAUUCAUGGCAAUUGUAAAAUAUAUAAUAGCUUUUCUGUGAUCUCUUUCAGGAAUGCAUGCAGCCUAUUUCUCAAGGACAGAACUCCAAAUAUUUUGGUGGUCACUGUUACUUUUGAAGUUCUUUCUUUCAGGAGGCAGUUUUGUUCCUGGAUACCUCUCAAUAGUCACUCUAAAAUAUCUAUUUAGGAACUUUGGCAACCAUGUUUUUAAUCAGUAUGGCACAUGAUUUUUUCAGGUAAAUUCAGAGUGGACAGCUCUGGAAGGCUGAAGGAUGUUUGUGUUUUUAUUCCAAAGUUCAAGUUUCCAAGUGACUGCAUGAAUCGAAUGGAGCUAAAGUGUUAGACUGUUUCAUGUGAAUUUAGGACAACCUGCAGAAUGUGGUGGGUUAGUGGUGCCCUGAACUGGGAUUGGUCAUCCUUGUGUAGCACAUUUUGUUUGAGAGUUUGGAUACAAUAUUUUGUAAGUGCAGUUUUUUUGUCUUCUGAUUUCUCUAGGAAUCUGCUUGCAAAAACUGCAUUAAGGUCCCGUUGAAGAGCUGUUUUUUUAUUGCAUUGUCCAUUUUCCCUGUCUUAUUUUUGUACUGCAAUGUAUUGAUUCCUGGGUGAUUUCUUUGUUGUAGAAAUGUGCCAUCAGUAUUGCUAGAAUCUCUCAGGUUAUGUAGAAAUAUCAAGUGAUUUGUAAUAUAGAAUUAGACGAGAUUAAUUAAAAAAACAAAACUCCAUCUUGUCAUGGUCCUUGUUUAAUAGUCAUAAAUCUUUUAAUACAUUAAAAUAUACCAAAAAUUUGUGAAUAUAAGACUUGAGUGUAGUGUAUUUCUGUGACAACACACACAUUUUCUUGUCAACCAAUCAUACAUGUGAGCAGGUUAUAUGAAUUACUAUUACUUUUUAUAAGAGUAGUGAAGUGUUUUUUCUUGGUGGAGAGAAGUGUUAUGCUGUUCAGCUUUAUUUAAGUGAUCUUCCUAAAUGAGACAAAAUUAUGUAAUUUUGAAUUUUGACGAAUUUCCUCCUCAGCUGCCUGUGUUAUAAAAUGCAGGACAAAAACAAGAAGAUUUCCUGCACACUUAAAGCAUUGGCGCAGAAAACCAAAACCUCAACACACUUUCCAUAUUCCCAAGCUUAACCAUGAGUUGACGGCAUGGGCUGUUUUUAUCAGAGACAGUGGAAUAAGUUCCAGUUCCAGUAUCGAUUUAUCAGAAUAAAAGCCGGGUUAUACGCUUAAAAUUACUUGUCCACCCAUUUUUCAGUGAGCAGUCCUUUUAAUUGUUCUUAGCAUGUUUCACUACAGCAGGGGAGGAAAAACACAAUUACUAUUCAAGAUGUCUAAUGCAUUUCUGUGGUACUCACUUCUUAAGGGAAUUACAUUUCGGUCUGCAUUAUACUAGAUACCUAAUGGAGACGUGUACAGUGCUUCAGCAACAGGCGUUUCUUUUCAGAAAGGUUCAUGUCUAUUACUGUAUAUGGGUUACUCUAAAGUAUUAAGUUAUGUACAGUGGCAUCCCUUUUGGCCAGCUCAAAUGGCAUGAAAUGAAAUGAAAAAGAGGCUUUGUCUCAUAACCACCAUGUAAGCACACUCUUCUCCAGAAUGUUGCUCUUAAAUGAGCAGUGUGGAAUUGGGAGAUACUGUCAUCCUUUCAUAUUGUCCAACAAACCACGUUCUUCUGAAUGUUCUAGUUUCCUCUCACAUCACAUCGUUAAUAAAAGCAGUUCACCAAAAGGUGUACUGUAUUUUAAAAAAAAAAUAAAAAAGUGAAGCAAUAGGAAAUUUAUUUUAAAAAAUAUAAAAAGUGAAGCAAUAGAAACUGUAAACAUUGUCACAAUUGUUAGCAAUUGUUAUUGCUACAUGCUGUGUAUCCCUGAUUUAAUAUUUGAUGUAUUAAUGUAAAUACCCAUGUGUUCUGUAAAUAGGAUGUAAUCGAGCUCAUCACCUAACCAAACAUUUCUGCUAGUUUCAAUCUGAUAGCAAAGUCUUCAUUACUCUGCAAGUGUUUGAAACAAAAGUGCAUUGCUGUCUGUUGUGUUAUUUCCUGUGCAAUUUUUAAAUAAAAUAACUUUCACAAUU